AUGGCUGAUUCCCUCACCGAAGAGCAGGUCUCCGAGUUCAAGGAGGCCUUCUCCCUCUUUGACAAGGAUGGUGAUGGCCAGAUUACUACCAAGGAACUUGGCACCGUCAUGCGCUCCCUCGGCCAGAAUCCCUCCGAGUCUGAGCUCCAGGACAUGAUCAACGAGGUUGAUGCCGACAACAACGGAACCAUCGACUUUCCUGAAUUCCUCACCAUGAUGGCUCGGAAAAUGAAAGAUACCGACUCGGAAGAAGAGAUCCGUGAGGCUUUCAAGGUGUUUGACCGCGACAACAACGGCUUCAUAUCCGCGGCUGAGCUGCGCCAUGUCAUGACGUCGAUUGGCGAGAAGCUCACCGACGACGAGGUUGACGAAAUGAUUCGCGAAGCUGACCAGGAUGGCGACGGCCGGAUCGACUACAACGAAUUUGUUCAGCUCAUGAUGCAAAAGUAA